UGGGCCUCUGUUUUGGUCGUUUCUUUCUGAAUCUCACCUCCUCCCUCAUAACUGGAAUCUCAAUCCCACUUGCCCUGAGUCUUGCUCUGCUGCUUCUGGAGGGCUGCCAGGGUUUCCUCGUCCCUCCGUUUGCUGGGCAUGGACCCGGACCAGGGUAAGCUGUUCAUUGGGGGUAUCUCAUGGGACACCACGGAGGAUAGGCUGAGGGAUUAUUUCCAGACGUACGGAGAGGUCCGGGAGGUGGUCAUCAUGAAGGACCGGACCACGGGCAAGGCUCGCGGGUUUGGUUUUGUGAUCUUUGCCGACCCUGACGUGGCGGAUCGCGUGGUUCUCGAGAAGCACACUAUCGAUGGCAGACAGGUGGAAGCUAAAAAAGCUGUUCCCCGAGACGAGCAGAAUCUUCCCAGAGGACUCGACUCAUCUCAAGGCAACAUGUCAGGAGUACAAGCUUCAGGAGGCGGUGGCGGCGGCGGCGGCUCCGUCCAGCCUUCCCAGCGGACAAAGAAGAUUUUUGUCGGCGGCCUCGCGUCCAACGUCACAGAAGACGAUUUCCGUCAGUAUUUCGAGCAGUUCGGCACGAUCACGGACGUGGUGGUGAUGUACGACCACAACACGCAGCGGCCGCGCGGCUUCGGCUUCAUCACGUACGACACGGAGGACGCGGUGGAGCGCGUGCUGCAGAAGACGUUCCACGAGCUCAAGGAGAAGAUGGUCGAGGUCAAGCGCGCCGUGCCCAAGGACAACAUGGGCGGCGGCGGCGGCGGCGGUCGCGGCGGCUAUGGCGCACGUGGAGGGUACGGAUCUGGCGGGUAUGGUGCAGGCGGCGGGGGUUACGGCGGCGGCGGCGGCGGCGGCGGGUACGGCGCUCGUGGAGACUCCCGGUACUCCGGCGGGUAUGCCGCCGGCGGCGGUCGCGGCUACGGCGGCGGGUACGGUGGUGGUUAUGGGGCCUACGGCGGUCAGUACGGCGGCGGGAUGAACGGCGGCGGGUACGGCGGAGGGUACGGCUCUGGCGGUUACGGCGGAGCCGCUGCGGCGUACGAGGGAGGGUACGGGGCGGCUGGAGGGUAUGGCGGAAAUUCGGGCUACGGCGGAUCUCCCGGCGCGGCUGGUUAUGGUCAAGCCGGCGGCGCAGCCGGCAGGACCCAGUGGGCCGGCGGGUACGGUCAGGGCGCUGCGGCUGGAGGCUAUGGCGGUGGUUCCGCGGCGGGCGGGUCGGGCUACGCUCAGGGAGCGGGCAACUGGGCAGGAUCUCAGGGUGCCUCGGGCGCCGCGGGUCAAGGCUACGGUAGCUCUGGUUACGGGUAUGGCGGGGCGGAAGGGUACGGCGCGGGGGCUGGUACCGCGGGAGGGUAUGGAAGCGGUGGAGGUGCGAGGCAGAGUGGGUACGGCGCGACUGGCGCUUCUGGCGGGUAUGGAAGCGGUGGCCAGGCUGCUGGAACCAAUAGUGCGAAUUAUUCAGGCUACAGUGACGCGUACGGUAGCUCUGGCGGAUACUCUAUGUACUCGUAAGCAGGAGGUAGGACGAGCAGGUGUUAGGGCAGCGACAAGCUUAUCAGCCUUUGCAAAGGAUCCAGCUGUUGCCGGCUGUAGGUGCCCUGGAUCUGCAGGUGGGGGCGUUAUCAAGGAAUUGACCAUUCUGUCACAAGGUAUUAGUUUCAGCUAGGAGCUGAAAGAGGCUGCAGGCAGGCUAUUGUCCCUGGUUGAGUUUGGCAGGGGCUAGGUGAGAAGCGCUUGGUGCUCUGGUAAGGUUGGAUGGUAGGGAGAUAGCUAUGGUAGGGUGUAUUCAGCUGCAGGGUGAAUUGCCAGGUCAGGAGGAGCUAACUAGGUACCUACUUGGCUCAGGCUGGUUUGAGUUCUGCAGUGUGUUUCUUGACAUUUUUCGAACCCAGCAUGUGGUUGUGUAGUGGUGCUGGUUGCUAUUGACCUAAAGCAGUCAUCUGGUGCCACUGACCCGUGAUGGAGGGCCGUUCACCUCACGAAGCAUUUUUUGUAUUCGGCUGAAGAUGUGAGUGGUGUU